AAGCUAAAGAGAAAGGACUAUAUAAUAGCUAAUAACUACCGGCUAAUUUUACUAUUGCUAAUACUGGGUAAGGCGCUUAAGUUAUUAGUAGCCGAAAGAAUAGUAUACCUAGUAGAGGAAUACAACCUUUUUCUAAAAAUAUACUUUAGUAUAUAG